AUGACAUUUGCACACAUUUUCACGACACUUUGCCUGAUUUCGAGUGUCGGCAGCUUGUUGCGAAGUUUGGACGAUGAUAGCACAGAGUGGUGGGUCAGCUAGCGCGCUCUACGUUUGCAACGUUUUCGCCAAUUUCAGCCUGUUCAAUUGUCCGAAACGAGCCCGAAAUGUGAGUGUGCCGAAAACGGAAAAGGCGUGCAUGGGCGACGACGCAAUUAUAGGUUUGUCCGGCGGUUUUUGACGCGAAAAUAACACGUAUUUGCAUUUCAGCUCAAAUUCUAGACGGCUACAACAAAUUGGAUCUUCCCGGCGGCGGCCACGUCGAAGUUUCCAUCGAGGUUCGACUUUGCAUACUAAAAAGCUAAAAACAAGUGAAAUUUGUUCAGAUUUGGGUACAAGAAGUGUCGAAGAUCAUCGAAAUCACUUCGGAAUUCGAGUUGGACAUUUACGUGACCGAACGGUGGACUGAUCCGUCGCUCGCCUACGCGCAUUUGAAUCCGUGCAAAAGGUUCGCAACGAAAAAGGGCAGAAUGCCGUAAAAGUAUUCUUUUUUGACUCUGAAAAGAAAUAAUUGCAAAAUUCCGGCGAAAAAGAGCAAAAAUGUGCAUUUUGCCGUCAAUCCUAGUGUAUCGACGGCAAAUUACAGUUUUCGGAAAAAAUCUGUGCAAUGUUCAUGGGUUAAAAACGACUUUUGUUUGCAGCAACAUGUCCGUCGACGGCGCCACAAUUCUCAACAAAAUCUGGAAUCCGCACGCGUGCUUUGUAAACAGUAAACUCGCGAAUAUUCACGAGAGCCCGUUCAAAAACAUUUUUUUGCAAAUUUACAGGUAUUUUCUCAUAAAUAGAAGCAUUUCGAAAAGAGACAUUUUGCAGUAAUGGCUCAAUUUGGCACAAUUAUCGUAUCAAACUCACCGGUCCUUGCUCGAGUACUUUGAGGUAAGACAAAUUUCCCAAAAUUUUCAAAAUUGUUUACUUCCAGAACAUUCCCAAUCGAUCAGCAACGUUGUAUGUUGUUCUACGAGAGUUUCACGCACAAUAGCGAUCAGGUAGAAGUGGCGGCCGUGGCCUAGAAUCCGACAAAUCUCAAUUUCAGGUCAAAAUGGACUGGAUAACGACAGUGCCGCCGAUAACGAUUUUGAAAGGAAAUAUAACGCUUCCCGACUACGUUUUAGUCGAUUUUUCGGCGAGCAGCGAGCUCAGAGCGAGUUUUCUCAAUGGCGCGCACUUGAAUUAUGCAGAAUUUGCAGUUGUACCCGCCCGGAAUCUUCAACGAACUCAUCGCCACGUUCACUUUUCAACGGCUCUACGGAUUUUACAUUUUACAAGUCUACGUCCCCGCCUACAUUUCUGUGUUCAUCUCGUGGGUCUCGUUCACGCUGGGCGCCGAGCAAAUACCCUCCAGGACCACCGUCGGAGUCAACUCUCUGUUGGCGCUCACGUGAGUUUGCAAACUCUGCGAAAAAAUUUUUAAAAAAUUUCAGAUUCCAAUUCGGCGCGGUCGUGAAUAACCUGCCGAAGACGUCGGACGUCAAAGCGAUCGACGUCUGGAUUCUCAGCUCGAUGGCCUUUAUUUUCGCGUCGCUCAUCGAGUUGGCCGUCGUCGGAUACUUAUCGCGCGACGGGCAGCACGGAUCGAUAAAGUAAGAGUGGCCGAACUUUCCGAAAAUUAGGCCAUUGGUCAAUUUCAUUUGCAGAUGCCGCUGCUCUUGGCUGUGCAUGAAUUGUAAAGAUUGGACAGCACUCAAAAUUGAUCAGGUAAGCAAAAUUAGACUGUACGAGGCUCCGAAAUUACGCAAAAAUCGUGUUUUACGUAUUGCUAGGUCAAGAAAGCGCGCUAAAUUCACAAAUUUCUGAAAAAUUUACGAAAAACUAGGCCUCAGUGUUAGCAUUGGAGCGCGCUUGCACACUUUCAUUGCAGAUGUCCUCGAUCGUGUUUCCCGUCAGUUUUUUCGCCUUCAACAUUUGGUACUGGUUCAUUUUUCUCGGGUCAGUGCAUUUUUUUCCAGAAACUUUCUCAGAUUAUCGAUGUCGGCAUGUCCCCUCUCAGAUGUCCGUCCUUUUACAGUUUUCUUUUCUCCAAAAAAGCCGCUUCUAUUGGCGAUUUCGAAGAGAAUCGAUGAAAUGAAAGAGAGCAUGUGUAGAUGAGAAAGAAAAAAAGAGCAAUACGUAUGAAACUUUAUCACCUUUCAGGGUCUUUUUUUGAGUUUUGCUCGCUGCCGCCGCAAACUUUCAGUUUACUGUGUGGUUUUACGUGGCGGUGUACACACACACACCGCCACGCAAAAAAAUGCACAAAAUCGUCACACCGUGUCUCAGUUUUCCAAUUAUUUUCAGCAAACUGUUGGUUAGAACGAUCUGA